AUGAACUCGCUCGCGUACGUCUCCCGCAAGUUCGAUGUCCUACUUUCGAGCUCGCCCCGCACUCCCCCGUCCACCCCAGCCAGCGAGUGUCCGCCAUUCCACUGGCACAGACGACGCAGCUCUGAUUCCAGCUCGCUCAAACGUACAAAGACGUGGUCAGACAAGUCCUUCUCCCCAUCCCCAUCCCCAUCCCCGCCAGAAGGCCCUUCGUCCUCUCGUCCUAAACGCUCGUAUUCCAUUCCCUCUGCCUUCUUUCCUCCGUCGCCCCAAUCACCGUCACAGCCCUCAUCUCCGUCAGGCGCCCCGGUCGAUCGCAUCAUUCCACCAAAGCCAAAGUUAAGGCUCAGAUUUAGAAGCGCAUGGAGGCGUGUCUCCCUCCUUCGCGUCUUCGUAUUCGUAUGGAACACCCUCUGUGCCACCUGGAUCUCCUGGUUUCCCGCAGAAAUCGAGCCCAAGGCCGGAAAUGUCCCCAACGUCUCCAUGCGAGAAAAUGCUCUCCAUCCAGACUACGAAUCCCACUUCGAUGCCACUCCUUCUGCAUUGCCAUCCAUUCCCCGCCCUCCCGCUCCAGAUACCCCCAGCGACCCACCUCAUAGACUUGCAAGAUCAGCUGUACAACCACUCCCUACCCCUCCUCCUACCCCCGAAUGUCUUGCCCAACAACCGUCCCUCCCUUCUCCCCCUGCAGACACAACUUCUCGUGUUCCUACCCCCACAAAUGCACACAAAACCCCCUUUCAUUUCCCGAAGACGCUGGUCCUUGACCUCGACGAAACCCUCAUUCACUCCACCUCAAAGCCUCUGUCCCAUUCAUCCGGACCUCUCGGUCUUCUCGCUCUCGGAAGACGUAAUAAAGGUCAUACAGUCGAAGUUAUCCUGGGCGGUCGUCACACUUUGUAUCAUGUCUAUAAGAGACCUUUUGUAGAUUAUUUCCUACGCAAGGUGUCCGGAUGGUAUACGUUGGUCGUCUUCACAGCUUCCAUGGAAGAAUAUGCCGAUCCCGUCAUUGACUGGUUAGACGCUGGGCGCGGCAUUCUUACCCGUAGAUUCUUUCGUGAGUCCUGCACCCUCCUUCCAAACGGAUCCUACACCAAGGAUCUAUCAAUCGUAGAGCAAGACCUUGCCCGCAUUUGCCUCAUCGAUAACUCGCCCAUAAGCUAUCGUGUGAAUGAGGCAAACGGCAUACCCAUAGAAGGCUGGACCCAUGAUCCAUCCGACGAAGCCUUGCUUGACCUGUUACCGAUCCUCGACUCCCUGCGCUUCACUUCUGACGUUCGCAGCGUGUUGGGCCUUCGAGGAUUCUCUUCAUAG